AAGGCAUUUUCAUGGUCAUCAAGUCUUAAGAGACACCAGAAAACACACACGGGUGAGAAGCCAAUCCUGUGCUCUGUGUGUGGAAAAACAUUUGCACACUCAUCACAUCUUCAGAGUCAUCAGAGAACACACACGGGCGAGAAGCCAUUCCUGUGCCCUGUGUGUGGGAAGGCAUUUGCACAGUCGUCAACUCUUCAAAACCAUCAGAGAACACACACGGGCGAUAAGCCAUUCCUGUGCCCUGCGUGUGGGAAGGCAUUUUCACAGUCGUCAACUCUUAACGGGCAUCCAUUCAAUUGCUCUGUGUGUGGGAAGGCAUUUUCAUGGUCAUCAAGUCUUAAGAGACACCAGAAAACACACACGGGUGAGAAGCCAAUCCUGUGCUCUGUGUGUGGGAAAACAUUUGCACACUCAUCACAUCUUCAGAGUCAUCAGAGAACACACACGGGCGAGAAGCCAUUCCUGUGCCCUGUGUGUGGGAAGGCAUUUGCACAGUCGUCAACUCUUCAAAACCAUCAGAGAACACACACGGGCGAUAAGCCAUUCCUGUGCCCUGCGUGUGGGAAGGCAUUUUCACAGUCGUCAACUCUUAACAGGCAUCAGAAGCCAUUCAAUUGCUCUGUGUGUGGGAAGGCAUUUUCAUGGUCAUCAAGUCUUAAGAGACACCAGAAAACACACACGGGUGAGAAGCCAAUCCUGUGCUCUGUGUGUGGGAAAACAUUUGCACACUCAUCACAUCUUCAGAGUCAUCAGAGAACACACACGGGCGAGAAGCCAUUCCUGUGCCCUGUGUGUGGGAAGGCAUUUGCACAGUCGUCAACUCUUCAAAACCAUCAGAGAACACACACGGGCGAUAAGCCAUUCCUGUGCCCUGCGUGUGGGAAGGCAUUUUCACAGUCGUCAACUCUUAACAGGCAU